GCACUUUGACCCAACCCCCGGAAAUAGUUGAAUGUUUUGCAAGUAAUUUAACCAGCUAGCUAGCAAAAGCUAUCAGUAGAUAGCUAAUCAAUUUGACGAAACGAACAACAGCAUUCAGGCAUAUCUUAGCCAAAUGGAUCCUCCUCAUCAAUCCAAGGGAGGCAACAGACCUCGGGAUGGCAAACGUGGACCAAGCCAGUCCACUAUCCCUCAUCAGAAAGAUGCCUACGCCAGACUCCUCAGCCAGCAUCACAGCAGCAAGUUCAGAUCCUACCUGGACCAGUAUGUCCAACAACAGGGGGAAGAGAGGGGGCCAAGCGAACAGAGGCAGGGAUUAGCACACAGCGAAAAACAAGACAUACCGCAGAGAAAAAGGGACCAGGCAUUUAUCGAGUGCUCUGACUCGAGUGACUUCUCGCCUUCGCCUAUGAAAGGUAAGGGAGGAGAAGAGAGCUCUCUGUCCUUGUACAUGGACAAACUGAACAGUCGGGGAGCUCUGCAGGAGCCGGAGAGGAGGCAGGGGGUUUCCGACAAGCAGCAACGCAGGGAGAGGAGGGACACCAACACCAGUCAGGAUGGAGAUGUGGAGUCCGGUGAGGAGUUUGCCUUCCUCAAACAGAGGGACUCCCAGCAGCAACAACAGAUAAGAAACAAAGACCAUGCUUACAAAGUGCCCACAGGUAACCAAGCGAACAAGGACAUGAGUUACGGGGCAUCGCCCCCGAAAGCCUUCUCAACUGGCCCAGCUCAGGCGCAAGAGAAGAAGAAGUCCAAGAAGAAGAAUGUGCCAAAGACCAACGCAGAUAACAAGAGAGACGGGCCCCUGCAUCCUGACUUCGAUGCAGACAUGUCUAAGUCCCCCCUUAACAAAUCCAAAAACAUGCAACCACAAGGUGCCACUACGCCUUCUGACAAGGGUAAGAAGACUAGAGGAAGCCAAGGAGGAUCAAAGAAGCAAGUGUUUGAAGCAUACAUGACCGCAGAGGACGUUUCCCACGGCCUAAAGAGAGGAGAGCUCAUUCAGGGAUCCAUAAGAAUCAACCCCAAAAAGUACCACGAGGCUUUCAUUGCAGCACCGGAUGGCAAGCGGGAUAUCUUCCUGGAUGGAACCGCAGCCCGAAACAGGGCCCUGAAUGGGGAUGUGGUAGUGGUGCAGGUUCUCCCUCAGGAGCAGUGGAAGGUUGUGAAGUCAGACAGCGAAGGCGUGAGCGAACCAGAUACCCAGUCUGGGAAGAGCCAGACACCAGGGAAGAAGACCAAACGCCCCCCCAGUCCUGAUGUCAUUGUGGAAGCCGAGGCCGAAGCUGAGGAACAACUGGCCAAGAGGGUGGAGAACAUCAGCCUCAGCGCCACAGAAGAUGGAAUUAAAAAAGAGAUACUCCAAAGGACUGCUAAGGUGGUGUACGUAGUGGAGCAGAAGCACUCGCGGGCUGCCACAGGCUUCCUCAAGUUCCUCCCGGACAAGCCCUUUGCCAUGUUCUCUCCUGUCGACCACCGUGUGCCGCGGGUAAACGUUCCCCUGUCUGAUUGCCCCCACGACUUUUGUUCCCGCCCGGGAGACUACGCCAAGAUCCUGUUCAUCGUCCGCAUCACCAGCUGGCCAGACGACAGCAACUUUGCCGAGGGUCGACUUGCUAAGACUCUGGGCCAGGCUGGGGAGAUUGAACCGGAGACCGAGGGCAUCUUGAUAGAGUACGACGUGGACUUCUCUGAGUUCUCUGACGAGGUGCUGGGCUGCCUGCCCCGGAAGCUGCCCUGGACUAUCCCCCCCGAGGAGCUCGGCAACAGGAGAGACCUGCGGAAUGAAUGCAUAUUCACAAUUGACCCAGCUACCGCCAGAGACCUGGACGAUGCCUUGUCUUGCAAACCACUGCUUGACGGCAACUUUGAGCUGGGUGUUCACAUUGCUGAUGUGAGUUAUUUUGUGGAAGAAGGCAAUGCACUGGACUUCAUCGCCAGUCGGAGAGCCACCAGUGUCUACAUGGUUCAAAAGGUGAUCCCGAUGUUGCCCCGUCUGCUGUGUGAGGAGCUGUGCAGUCUAAACCCCCUGACCGACAGACUCACCUUCUCUGUCAUCUGGAAGAUCACCCCUGAGGGCAAGAUCCUGAGUGAGUGGUUUGGUCGCUCGGUGAUCCGCUCGUGCGUCAAGCUGAGCUACGACCACGCCCAGAGCAUGAUCGAGGCCCCCGACAAGCUGUUCCAGACAGACGAGCUGCCCCCCUGUGCCCCAGAGCACCCCGUGGACGAGAUCCACCAGGCCGUGCUCAACCUGCACUCCAUCGCCAAGCGUCUCCGUGCACAGCGCUUCCAGGGCGGCGCCCUCCGACUUGACCAGUUGAAGCUGUCUUUCACUCUAGACAGAGAGACCAGCAUGCCCCAAGGCUGCUAUGUCUACCAGUACAGGGACAGCAACAAGUUGGUGGAGGAGUUCAUGUUGCUCGCCAACAUGGCCACGGCCCACCAGAUCUACCGCUCCUUCCCCCAGAAGGCCCUGCUGCGACGCCACCCCCCGCCCCAGACCAAGAUGGUGGACGACCUGCAGGAGUUCUGCGACCAGAUGGGAAUUAAUAUCGACUUCUCCUCGGCCGGGACGCUCCAUAGAAGUCUGAAUGAGACUCUUGGUGAUGAUGAGUACACCAGCGCCAGGAAAGAGGUCCUCACCCACAUGUGCUCCAGACCCAUGCAGAUGGCUAUGUACUUCUGUACGGGGGUGUUGAAGGAGGAACCCCUGUUCCGCCACUACGCCCUCAACGUACCCUUUUACACCCAUUUCACCUCGCCCAUACGGCGCUACGCUGAUGUCAUCGUCCACAGGCUGCUGGCCGCCUCUCUGGGCUGUGCUCCUCACCUGGAGCUGAAAGGGGAGGAGGUGCAGAAGCAGGCGUCCCACUGCAACGACAGGAAGACUGCCUCCAAGAGAGUCCAGGAGCUCAGCUCAGAGCUGUUCUUCAGUGUGUUCGUCAAGGAGAGUGGUCCCCUGGACUCUGAGGCAAUGGUGAUGGGAAUUCUGGACCAGGCCUUCGACGUCCUUGUGCUGCGCUACGGGGUGCAGAAACGCAUCUACUGCAAAGGUCUACAGGGCCUGGAGACGUUCCACUUCCACAAGGUGGGGAAAAAGGGGGAGUUGACUCUGGUGUGGGCCGCAGAGGAACCCGGGAAGCCUAGCGUACGGCAGGAGAUCUCCAUCUUUAGUCUGGUGGACGUGCAGCUGAGGGCAGACGGAGCGCCUAUGAAAUACAGCGCUGUCAUCAAGAGGCCCAAUGAGACGGCGUAAUGAAUACUCUCAUGUGCCCCCAAUAACACACACACACACACCAUAUCACACAUUCUCUGACACACACACACACACAAAGAAGCUUUGGCAGUAUUUUGACAUUGACUACACAAACACACACACGUUCUUGCACGUUUUUAUAUGUAUUAGAAAAGCAACUUUUUCAUUGAUUUAACUUUAUGGUUCAAUUACCAUUGAGGAGCCAAGGCUGGACUGUAGCACUGAAGCAGCGCUGUUGUAAUAGGGCCUGUAAAAGUGCCUAGACUGUGCAAUUAACUUUUAUUUUGCAGAUUUUACCUUUUAUGAGGUCAUUUUUAGAUAGAUAUUCAAAUUAUAUACACAGUCAAUGUGUGAAGAUGAUGGCUUAAACUAUUUUGGGUUUAAAACGAGUUUAAAUGAAGCUGUUCUAUUAAUGUCAAGUGUACAGUAACUGGUCAUUUCAGUCGCAAUGCAAUUGUCAUUGUUUAUUUGUAGCUGUAACCUGGCAAGAGCUUGUAUGCUGUUUCACAUCAAUUCAUAGUAUGACACUCGUCCCCACAUUCAACUACUUUAAAGGCUUAACGAAGCAUUCAUAAACCCUUUAUAAGAACUAUGUAGAUGCUUCAGUUAUUUAAAAGCGAAUUCACACAAUGAAUAACAUCUGACGUUUUGUCAAAUGCUUUGGCACCCUUUUAUAUAGCAAGACAUUUGCUUAUACAUUGUUUGUGAAGCAUCUACAAGGUCUUAUGAAGUUGUUUUAAAGUGUGACCUGAAAUCCUUGUUGACAGAACUGUUGCUUAGUAAAAAAAAAAAGAAGAUGGACCUACCCUAUCUACCAAUUUACUGCUGUUUUAUUGCAGUGCAAGCUGGUAUUUACAGUGCAGAUUCUAAGCAUGCUAAUCCGUUGUAUCUCAAAGUUGCCAAAUGUGUGACUUGACUUGUAUCGUGACAGUUUUGGCAGUGAUUCGAAAAUAAUGUUGUAUAAUGCUGCCGUGAACUACCUUGUGAAUGUUGUGAGGCCUUGAUUUUUAAAAAAUGCAUUUACGUUCUUCUCUCAACUGACCAUUUUGUCUCCCGUAAAAGCCUUCUAAUGGCAUGCAUGUCCAAAACAAUACUGACACUUUUCUCUGUGUUGUAUUUCAUCUCAAGAUCUCAGUAUUGUACAUGACAGUAAUGAUAUGCUUUAUAAAUCCUGUAUUGUUUUGGAGGGCAGUAAUCUUAGUGGUCUCGCUCCAUAAGCAGAUGUGCCUUUUUCCGUGACAUUGUUUUACUCAUCUUUUAUUUCUCAUCUAGCAUUUUUGGUUUACAAUGUAAAUACAGUGUACAUUAAGCAAAUGUGAUGUAUUAGGACCAUAAAUGUUCUGCAAAUUUUAAGUUGCCAGUAGCAAGGAACUCCUUUAAACUCUUGAUACCAUGUUCAUACUCACAAAUCAAAUGUGUUGAUAGAGUAGUAUAUUUCUAACUAGUUGCUGUAACUCACUCCUCAAUUUCUGUUUAGGAAUUACAAUCUGGGUUUAACUUUUAGCGCUGGUUUUUCUUAUAUAACUAAUAAACCUUUUGCCUUUUACUAAGUAAUUACAGUCUGGAGUUGAUGGAAAUAUUAACAAAAGUAACCAAUUUCCAGAGCUUUAUAUUUAGAGGGUGCAAUUUUUUGUGUGAUUUUAAAAGAUUGUGAUUGUAUUUCAUAAUCGGGUCGCUGAGAGGAAUUGAGGAUUGGGUCUUUAACAGGAAAGGGAGAUAUAGGCGGUCAGUCCACACAAUAACUUAUUUCCUUUGCACUUGUUUUACACAAUAUAUUCCAUUCAUUUUGCCCACAUAAUCUAUGCCUUACAUUAAAAUAAUUCAGGCUUUAAAAGGUUAAUGCCUUUUCUGUUUCAGAUUUAAGGGAAAUAUUAUAGAUUUAGGAUUCAAGGACCUUUUCAUUGAUUUGAUUUUCUACUGCGCUCCUCGUUCUAUUUGUGUGACGUCAGUAAUGUAGGUGUACUUGCAAUGCCUGCUCAUGGUGAUGCCAAUGUAUAGACUGAAGUGGUUGUCUCCACGAUAGCAGUGUUAUGUUCAAUAGGAAGAAAAUGUAAUAAAACAGUGAAACAUGUAUAUACCACAAGAACUUGUCCAAUAAGAACAUAUUUUUGUUUUUACCUUUGCAAAACAUUUUGCUUCAUUGUGUUCUACUGAACAUGACCCAGGUGUCGUCCUGUGGAUUGGGGAAUGGGAGAACUAUGCUGUGUGUGUCGUUAACAUGUUAUACUAUCCAACUGGACACAAAAUAUCAAUGUAUUAGCAGUGAUCACUUAGGAAUUAGUGUAAAAGUGUGCUUGAUGUGGCUGGCCCCUGGGAACCAAAUAAACAUUGGCUUCA